AAGAGAUCCCCAACGUGAGCGCUAGAGCAGUCCUCCGAGAAACUAAACCAAAGAGGAGGAAGAGGAGGAAGAAGAGGAGGAAGAGUUCCCUCGUCAGAAUGGAAGUCUCACCAGGGGACGUCACAGGGACCAACAGGAAGUGCCCCGCUGUCACAGGAAGUAGCCGCAAAAUCAAAGACAACGCUGCUGACUGGCACAACCUGAUGGUGAAGUGGGAGAAACUCAAUGAGGAUGGAUUCAAAGCAGCAGGAAGCAUGGUGGACAUGAGGGGGACACGUCCUCAGAGCGACCAGCUGCUGGUCCUGGAUGAGUCUUCAUCUCCGUCCUCACCUUCAUCAGCUCUGCCGCAGCAGACAGGUGGCGCUGCAGAGCUGCAGGACGAAUGCUGCAAGCUGCAGGACGUCGUGGACAAAAUGGUCUCUGUGGUGAAGAAGAUGGAGCGUCUCACGGCGUCUCAGCAAGGCCUUCACGAUCUGGAGGCGUUUCAGUUUGGACUUGAAGGAAGAAAGUGUCCUCUGUUUCACAGCUGGACCGCGAAGCACUUCAAGGAGUCGUCUUGUUUCCUGUUGGAAUCGUUCAGUCAGGAGCUGAAGUUGAAGCAAACCAUCGUGCAGGAACUUGCCCACGCUGCGACCUCUGACCUCUGCAUGGUGUACCUGUCCUGCUGGCUGCAUCAGCCCUUCAUCACCCCCCAGACCAGACUGACCCUGGAGGCUCUGCUUCUGGAGACGGGACACAACCCCCUUUGAAGCCAUGAGUCCGGAUUCAUCUGGUUUAUGGACCAGGAGGACUUCCUAAGACUCAGGACCAGCUCAUGGACUAACCCAAAACCCCCUAACCCCCUAACCCUCACUGACAUUAAAUCAUUUAAAUUGUAA